UUUUUUAGAUUUUUCGCAUAAAGGCAUUUCUUGCCAACAAAAAGUAACUAGUUUAAUGAAACGCAAUUGAGUCAAGGUGCGUGCGUGUGUGCUGGCUGUGCAAUGGAUCAGUUCUCGCACGACUUGACGCUCGCCCUGGAGGAGACCUCACUGAUGGACAGGGCGUGCGGCGUUGGAAGGUGGGGCUCGCGUCGAAGAACUCGAUCAACGGGUAAUUUGCCUUGUGCGCCGCAGCCAACUGAAGAUUCAUCGAGCAGCCCCACAGACACACUGAACGCACACGGACAUGGACAUCAUCAGCAUAAUUCCGGUGCCUGUAGCAAUGCCAAUGUCGAUGGCCUGGACUCGAACACACACAACACAAUGCUGCCCGCAAGUGAUUCGGAUGAGAAAGCCGAGGCAAUGCUGCCGCUGCGUUUGCCAGCCAAAUUAUUAAAUGCUGCAGCAGCUGUACGCAUGGGAAUGGGAGCCUUGGAGUCGGACUCGCUCAACGAGACCAACUUCAGUCCAGCACGCUUCUACAAACCGAACUCACGGCGGAAACGAAAGAUUAAGCGCAUGUCCAUGGAGUUUGAGUUUAGCAAGGACUGCAAUGUGAUGAUGGUAUCGCCACACAGUUUCACCGAAUCGCCACUACAGCCGGGCAUGCUUGGCACAUCUGGAACAGCAACUGCAGCUGGAGGCGGAGGCGCUGGCAACGUUGCUGGCGCUACUGCGGCUGGCAACGUCACGGGCACAGUGCGCAAACGUGUACUGAAGGCGGAAUGUGGUGCAAAUCGCUCGAAUCUAUUCUUCUGUGGCAAGCGUAAGCGUUCCAAUCGCGAUCGCUACAAUGAGCAUGAGGCGGGCGUCGUUGGUCAUGCGGGCAGCUGCAGUGGUUCGAGUAAAUUACAUUCUUCGAGCAUGCCGCGCUACACGCAUAUGGAGGAGUUUCAUCGCAUGCGGCCGCGGAGCUAUUCGUCCACAUCGAAGCCACACAGCGAUCGUCUGCUGCCGCUCAACAAGGGGCUGCUGUCGAAGAUCAAUCGCAUUGCGCAAUCGCAGACGCAAGCGCAAUCGCAACAAUCACAAAAGACUGACAACACAUCGAGCAUGGAGCAAGGCCUGGAUCAAGCUCGCACCACAGCGGAGCAGCUCGAUUCGAAUACUGACGAGCUGCAUCAGCACCAGCAGCAGUUGGAGCUGCGCGAAAGCCACGCAGAGACAACUGAAACAACUGGAGGCGGCGGCGGCGACUUUAGUAUGGAAAUGCUUGUGCCUGUCAGUGACAUUGAGUCGCUGCUAAAUAUGCCCUGCAAGUUGCCGCUGGAGAACGCUGGCGCGGAUUAUCAUGCGCAUCGUAAGAAGUCACAUCAUCGUCGACGCCGCUUUUGCCAGCCAACGCAUCCGUUGCAUGUGCAGUCGAUGGACUGCGGCGAACUCUACGAUUUCUCGAGUUCGUUGAGCUCGUCGUCGGACAGCGAGGACAGCCAUCGGUUGCAUGACACGGAUCGCGAGGGUGACGACGAGCUAACUGAUUGGCCGGGCAAUGAGUUUGGACCCGGCGGCAAAUACGAUCCGAAGCGCAAGUUAACCAAGAAAUCUCUGCUACCCCAGAUACGUUCCGAUGAUACCAUCGGUGAGGAUGACACGCUCAUGUCUGGCACUGAGGCCACGGCGGCCACGACAACGGCGGGGGCGUCAACGUUCUGCGACAGCUAUGGCAUCUCACAGUCGCCCACACAGCCGGCAGAUGCUGUUCAGGAUCUGUCACGCUUUCAGCCGGCCGCCAGUUCGAAUCCGAUCGAGAUCUGUGGAGGUGGCGCAAAUCGCGGCAAUCGCAGUGUUGGCUUCAUGGGCGUCAACAUCGGUCUGGACAUGGAAAGCACGCCAAACGGUUUGCCAGCGGUGCGCCAGAUCGAGAGCGAAAUGUCCGGUGAAACGUCGAAUCCAUUCCUCUCCUCGUCACCGCCCAUGCAGCUGCAGGAGGUGCGCGAGAUACGCGCCGGAUGCCGGCGCAUUAACGGUGACCGCCCCGGUUUCAGCAUCAAGCUAAGCGUUAACGAGCGGUUGGCGCGUUUUCUACAGGAUCCGCGGCAGACGCAAAUACGUUUGCCUGACAUCGAGAUCUAUGAACAGGACAGCCUUGUCAAUCUGUCCACCCUCUAUUCCCUCAACAUGGUCGUUGAAAAUGGCUGCACGGUGCUAACCAAGACGAGAAAUACAACGCAAUCGGUCAACGUUGAUCCGCAGCGCAAUCUGCAGCAGCGCCAGGAUCUCAUCGGUGACUUCAAGCGACGCUGCUACGGCGGCGGGAAUGUCGACAAUGAUGCGUCGACGGCCACAGCGACGGCUCCAGCUUCAGCUCCAGUGGAUGAUACUGCUGCAGAGCAGUUGCCCAAUAAAUGAAAUAUAGUGCGAAGCAGUCAAGAAGUCAAGAGAAUUUUAUGCAAUUACCAACCAAUGAAGAAGACGGAAGAAAGAGAGAGAGAUCGCUGAAAGCUUAUCCUUUCUGUCUUUCUGUCUGUCCUCCAUUCAUUGGCGUCAUCUCGGGUUGAUCUGUGCAAAAUUUUAGCGUAUUUAUUAAGUUGCUUUUACUGCGUUUGUAUAGUGUCGCUUCCUACUUGAGUUUCGUAACGUAAUCGUAAUCGUAUUGUACAUCGGUCUAUGUAUAUAGUAUCUACUAUAUAUUCACUAUCUCCAUAACCCCCCAACACUAUUGUAUCUGGAUUGGGAGACAGUGCAUGCGAAUGCUCUAUCCAAUCUCUAUUCACUCAAUUGGCAUAUCUAGUUCUCACAAGUUUCAAAAAAAAAGAG